GUCAUGGAGGUGUAAUGGAAUGAAAACAGUGAAUCUAGUGUGAUUUUCAUCAUGUGAAUAGAUUUUUGUUGGCGUUAUCGACAACUAUAUAAUGAAAUGAAAGACCUUAUAUGACAUUAAUAGUACUGAAGAACAUUGCUUACCUGAACCAUUCUUCAAAAUAACAGUGUAUUAUCCUAAUUUGUGCUAGAACAAAAUCCACAAAGGGUUUGUGUUCCAAGUGUUCCAAGAAUUUUUAAUACAGAGGUUAUUCCUCUGUCAGAUUCAUGUUAGAUCCACCCAGAAAAGCGCAGACUUCAUCCUCAUUGGUUGAGUCUGCUAGCGAUGCCAGUGAACCGUCUGACAUGAGUCUGUCUACAUCCCCAGGCAGUGACACUUCCCAGGGACGUGGGCGAAGACGGUUGUGUUCUCGCACGCUUUCCUCCAAUCCAUAUACAGUUCAAUGUGUUGACCCACCUUCACAAGUGGACCUUGUAUUUGCAGACGAGGAAGAUGAUAAUGUGUGUCCUAAAGAAUCUCACUUUCCACCAUGUGAGAUCAUUGAAAAUGGUGGAAGUUGUCCCCCUAAAUAUCAGUAUUAUGACAAUGUCUGUAACGGUAAUAGUGCUUUUGAACAUCAAACAAAAUACAAGAACAACGUCAAUGUUAACGACCUAGGUGAGACUGCAGCAAGACUUGACGAUCUCAAGUUACAAAGGCCGAAAACUCAAACAACAAAACAUAGUCAUCCCACCAAGAAUCUCUAUCAUGGCAGAAACAACAACAGACAAAAACUUUACUCUACAGACAGCGAUGAAGAAGUGCCAAAGAAGACAAAUUUAGACAUGUUAAUACCAUUACGUAAGAAUUCCCCAAUUUCCCAGAAAUGUCAUUUACCAUUGACUAGUAUUGUUCAUGUAACUAAACCAUGUUGUGGUGUAGGCCGACCUCCCAAACCUGAAUUUAAACAGUAUUCUAGUAUUAGUGAAGUACAGCAUUGUAAACAUGUAAAUAGAGGUAUUAAACCAAAUGACUUCAGGGAAAGACUUGCAGCUAUGAAGAGAUGGUUCACAGAUUUUAAUGAUGAACAAAAGAAUUUAGUAUUAAAAGGCCUUUUGAGUGGUUGUGAUUUACCUCAGAUACAUUUGUUGUCAGUUAAAAUGGAGGAAAACUUUCAUCUUGGCUGUCCACCGAAUUGUCAAGAUAUUAUAACUUGGUUACCAUCAAAUAUUGCAUCAAAAAUAAUGUCUUCUUUAGAUCCAGUCAGUUUAUGCAGGGCAUCCCAGGUUUGUAAAAUAUGGCAACAGCAUGCAGAUGAACCAAUUUUCUGGAGACGAUUUUGUUGUCAGCAGAAAUGGCGCCUUUCAAAAGCUGCAGAACAUAAACAAGUUAUUUCUCACAUGUCACCGGAAGGCAGUAUUCAGUGGAAGAAAGUAUUUGCUGAAAGAUAUCGGUUAAGAAAUAAUUGGUUAAGUGGUAGAUGUACUGUGAGAACAUUUGAAGGUCAUACACAAGGAAUCUCAUGUGUUCAGUUUGAUGAUAGUCGAAUUGUCAGUGGUUCAUCAGAUAAAACAAUAAAGGUAUGGAAUAUUCGUACAAAUGCUCCCUGGUCAGUUCAGACAUUAGUUGGUCAUAGUGGAACUGUGCGAUGUUUACAUUUAGAUGGUAAUCGUCUUGUUAGUGGUUCUAGUGAUACAACAAUAAAGGUGUGGGAUUUAUCAACACAAGAUAGUUGGUCUAGUAUAGCAUGUAAAGUUACUAUGAUAGGUCAUACAGAAACAGUUCGUUGUCUACAGGUUGAUGAUGAUAAGGUGAUCAGUGGAUCUUACGAUAUGACACUUAAAGUCUGGGAUUUACGUACUGGGCAAUCAAGAAUGACAUUACGUGGUCAUCAAGCAGCUGUAUUAUGUGUUCAUUUUAAUGAAACUAAAAUAGUUUCUGGUUCCUGUGAUAAAACUAUUAAGGUUUGGAAUUAUACUGGUAGUUGUUUGAUGACUUUGACAGGUCAUCAAGAUGCUGUCACAUGUCUACAGUUUGACACAACAAGAAUCGUCAGUGGUUCGUUAGAUUAUAAUCUGAAAUUCUGGGACAUACAUUCUGGUGAUUGUGUUAAUACUAUCGAUUGGAAAGCUGCAGAAGGGCAUACAGGGGUUGUGAGAUGUUUACAAGCAGACGGAUGGAGAUUAGUUAGUGCUGCUGAUGAUAAAACUAUUAAGGUAUGGAAUUUAGAGACGGGUCAACGGUUGGUGACAUUACGUAAUCAUACAGAUGGCGUAACAUGUUUACAGUUUAAUGAUUUUAUUAUUGUAUCGGGUUCUUAUGAUAAAACAGUUAAAUUAUGGGAUUUUAGUUCAUGUUAAAUAUCUGUCUCAAUCCUAGCAUUUCUCAUAUUACUUAAAGGGGCAUUAUUUAAGAGUUAAAUCUGCAUAUUGCAGGUCUUUCUUUGCCUUAAAUGUUAUAUAAAUUAUUACUUAGACAUUUUUAGACUUGCCAAGACCAUAAUCAACUCCCAAUGCCAUCGAGUGCUCUAGGUUUUCAACAGAUUUAAAUAUGAUUUGUGGUUAAUGAUUUAAUUUAAAAAUUGAUAAUCGAGAUUUUGUUUAUUAUCUUAACAAUGGUAACAAUGGCAAUCGUGACUACACUGUUUUGCAGUCGACGAUAACUUAGCUCAGAAUGAAGUAAUUUUACUUAAUUUUUCACAUAUCCCCUUUUCAUUAUCUAUUUUUAAACUAUUAUCGCGAUAACGGUCAGCUCUUUAUCUAAAUCUUACAUAAUGCAUGGCUUAUUGACUGAGAAAAAUGGUUUUAGAAAUCUGAUUGACUGACAAAAUAUAUAUAGCUGUUUAAAUCUUUAUAGGCGUCUGUAUUUCAGUUUCUUCACUGUUUUAUUAUAUUAAAGGGACUAUCCCGAUUUGAACAGAGUCUCAAAAAUAAAAGUCUGAGUACGUUUGAAAUUUAAGCGCCAAAAUAUAGAGGAAUGGUGUAUUUACCUUGUCUCAAAAAUUCAGCUCACAAUAUUUAGUCAUUUGGACAUGAACGUCAUAAAUGCUUAUCCGGACACGUAACCCUUUUAAGAUUUCUGGUCAUUAUUUCAUUGGGUGACCUGAUAAUCGAUUCCCAUUCCUUUAGAGGUCGAUACAAUGAAUGACCCAUGUGCUGUACUUGAUAACGAAAGGUAAAUUUCACCUACACAUUAUUUUUAUAAAGUAAAAGUCUGGUUUAUCCGUAAGCCGCAUAAUACAGUUUGGGACACCGGUCUCCAUUUCCAGAUGAAGACUGACGGGUUUAAGUUGUUUGCAAACGUAUCACGUAUAUUGAGUUAAUUGCUCGGCCCUCUGGUAGAUGAUUUUAAGGGAUUAUCGGGAUUGGCCCUUUAAGCUGUUAAUAAGCAUAAACUCCUUCUUUAAUAGAAAUAAGAGGUAAUGAAAUGUAAAUAAGGUAUACACUAUUUUUAAGAGAUAUAUGUAUAUAUUCUGAACUAAGCAUCUUAUUUGAACACCAUGUUAUAUUUUGUAAAUCGUCAUUGAAAUCCAAAUAGAUUUGAGUUGAUAUUGGUGCACCCUUGUAGUUCUGGGUCAGCCAAUGUAAUCGAGAAGAAUUAGAAACCUAAGAUGUCUUUUUAGCUCAUAAAAUGCACGGUUGUAUGUGACAAGGAGUAGGGUCGCCUGUCCAACCUGGUGGGUUUUCUCCAGGUCCUCCGGUUUCCUCCCACUGCUAAAGACCACUACACAAAAGCAAAUUAUUGAAACAAAAUUAAACUAUGUGUUAGUCCCGAAAUGACCUGGUGUGUGUCGUGUGGAUGUUAACCUGAUCUCUCUCUCUCUCUCUCUCUCUCUCUCUCAUAUAAAAUGCAUAAUAAAAUUUAAGUAAACUGCAAAUCGAGAAUCAACAAAUUUAUCCCCUGAUUGAGAA